AUGGAGAGCGAACAUGGACAUGAAAUGACAGUGGGGCGAAGACGCACAUUGUAUGCUCGUUGCGAAAAUGGAAUGUGGACAGCACGGGACGCAUGGAACGAGGAUUUCGUAUUCAACAGUCUCAGUUGUCUUCCUGAAAGGGACCAUGAUUUGGAGCUCGUUGAUGCAGCAUGGCGAAGGGGCAAAGGAUAUGUGCAACACGAAAAACCGGAUAAAUAUCUGUACAAAGAACCAUAUGGAUUUGAUAAUAGGUUAGCACGAAGGAAUCCUUGCAACUACAGUGUUGACAUGGGAGACAAAAUUUGUGGUCGAGAUGCAGCUAUUAGAUAUCAUUUCGACGCGGAAACAAUGACUUGUUUACCAUUCAAAUACACAGGAUGUGGUGGAAACCCGAACAAUUUCUAUACCGAGUCAGACUGCAGACACAGGUGUACAUACAUGGACCAUAUCAAAUGCCCAGCAAAUUCGCCUCCAGUCCGCAGACCCGAUGGUACUGCUAGUUGCUUUAAGAGAAACAAUGAGUGUCCAAAAGGUUCGAGCUGCCAAAUCGGAUGGAAAACAGGCAUAUGUUGCGAUAACAACGUUUUAGAAAAGUAUAACGAGAAUAUUCAUCCAGACUGCGGUGACAGAAAAGUCUUUAUCCUACUUGGGAAAUCUUGCCAGCAUCAGUUCUGCCCGAAGGGAGCCGAAUGUCGUCGUGGAGCAUUCUACGCCUACUGCUGUCAGUAG